AACCAGCGUACACUUUCAGUUUCAUUUAGUCAAUAACGCCGCGCCUCCGAUAGCACAGCAAAAUGUUUAGCAGCAUUCGUUCAUUCGUUCAAGACAGCGCAAAUUCACUGUUCACACAUCCAAUGUCUAGAAAGGGAGCAUGUACUCUGCGGGAACAAAUAAAACAACUCUCAGGUGACGCAGCUCGUGUAUUUGAUGCUGCAGGACUUGAUGAAUCAGGCAUACUCACUUUGACAAGGCAAGACUUAAACGAACUACUCCCUGGGCCUCAGAACUUCCAGAUUCGGCGAAAUAUUGCGGAGUUGAUCAACUCAGCUACACAAGAGUCACCUGUUUCUUCGAGCUCCUUAAUUGAAAGACUGAAGGAUGUGAUUUCGAGAGAGGAUGUUAAGCAUUUGCUCGUCUCUGGCGGACUCUUGGAGGACUACCUUCACGUUCUGCACGAUGCUGAGACGCGGUUGGCGUGCUCCCUGGACUGUCUGCGGCAGCAUGUGAAACUGCUAGAAAGCCUGCGAACUCUACCGCUGGAGGAGCCUAGCAGCGAUGUGUUAGCUGCAAAAUGCCCACCACAAUCUCACAGUAAAGAUCAAGCGCAGCCUCGUCUGAACAACUCAACCACUCCAGUGAAAAUCCACUCACUGAUGUGUGGAAAGACCCUGGGUUUCCACAAGGACAUGCUCCAGCGUCUAGGUGUGCCCACACUGGAGGUCAGCUUAGAGGAGUGCCAAGUGGUCCUUGUGUUUUGCCCGGUGUCAUCACGAGCUGGGACAAACAUUGCUGCAGCAAUGAAAGCUGUUCCUGGAAACAAAGACGCCGUCCUGUUGGUGAUGCACUAUACUAGUAGCCCCAAGCAAAGUGUGACGGGAAUAAGACCAAGUCUCCCAGAGAACGUCAGAGAGGUUGUAGACAUAUUUUUCCAUGAUUCAAUGGGAGGGAUUCUGAACUGUGAACCUAAUAAGCACGCAGUUGCAGUCAUUGAGUCUGCUUUGAAACAUUACACAAAUACAAAUUGAAAACAUGCAUAUCAUUGAAUAACAAAUCUUACUCAGUUUCUUCUGAGUUUCUCCGAUGUACAAACAUUCUAGAACUACCUAAUACUGAUUAAACUGGCUAAACCAGUUAUAACAGACUGGUAUGACUUUUUGCACUCUUCCCCUAAAUUGUUUGUUAGUAUUAUCCAAAUAAUGAACACAAUAAAAAUAAAACAGUCUUUCAAUGCAAAGGUUUAAUAUCAUUCCUCUCAAUGCUUUGUAAGAAUGACAUUGACGCUGUAUGAAAAUUAAAAACCAUUCUUGCCCACAA